AUGACGUUGCGCCUGCUGGGGAAACCGGCUUCCGGGAGAGGACAGCGCAGCAAGAAAGAAGAUGAAGAUGACGAAUUUUUCCAUUGGGAUUUGUCAAAUAUGUCUCACCGAAGGAAGAGUGCUAGUCCUUCCAGGAACCGAACAGACAGCGAUGAUCCCAAAGAUUUAGACAGAAGAAUUUUUGUUGGAAAUUUACCUACGGACAGUAUGAACCGGGAAGAAAUGGAAAUCAUGUUUUCCAAAUACGGAAAAAUUACUGCACUCUCUGUGUUCCGCCGCUUUGGAUUUGUGCAGUAUGAACGCAAAGAAGACGCUGACGCAGCUGUGCAGGGUGAAAGAGGUCGCAUGUUUAAAGGGAGUAGACUAGAUAUUAACAAGGCAGCGGAGAGAAGAAAUAAUAGGUUUAAAGGUCAAUCCAAGUCAAGCCCGCCACGAAGGGAUGGACAUAGUUCAAGGGAUGCCAGAGAUCUGCGAGAUGCCAGUGCCCCUAGAGACUAUAGAGACUCUCGUGAUUCAAAAGAUCUAAGGGAUGCCAGAGAUCUCCGCGUUCGCGACCCCCGUGAUUCAAGAGAACCUCCCACAGAUUCCCUGUAUGACCGCUAUAGAGAUGCCAGAGACACGAGAAAUCCUUACAGAGUUGAUGUACUUGAUGAUUACUACCGCAAGCGGGAGGAGUUGUAUGAUCGUUAUAAAGAACCCCUGGAUAAACACCCAGAAGACAGAUACAAGCGUGAAGACCGUCGCCGAGAGGAGCUAUAUAGGCAAUAUUUUGAUGAACUACAAAGAAAAUUGGAUCAGGAUCGCCGCGUGGACUGCUCUGUUAUUGUUUCAAACAAGCAGUCAAAGGAAUAUGCAGAGUCAGUGGGAAGAAAAAUCCGUGACCUAGGAAUGUUGGUGGAUUUAAUAUUUUUGAAUACAGAAGUAUCUUUAUCUCAAGUCUUGGAAGAUGUGACAAGAGGGGGCACACCUUUUGCUAUAGCGAUAACACAGCAACACCAGACACAUCGCUCCUGCACUGUUAAUAUUUUGUUUGGAACACCUCAAGAGCAUCGGAACAUGCCGCUUGCAGAUGCCAUGGUCCUUAUAGCAAGGAACUUUGAACGGUAUAAAGUAGAGAAGCGCGACAAGGAACGUGAAGAUAUUGCACGGCAAGCUGCCAAGCUGUCUACAGAUGCAUUUUUAAGAGAGCGUGCCGUAGCCUUGGAUGAAGGCCUAAGAGCCCCUCCACCCUCUGGGAUAAUGGCACUGCUUAAUUUGCUUGCAGACAAUAGAUAUGUUACUCCUGAAGAAAUAGAUAAAGUUAUAAUCUAUUUACGAGAUCGUAAAGAAAGAAUGCUAGCUCUGACUGGUGAACCAAUAUCAUCGCAACUCUCAAGACCUUUAGGAACAAAUUCUGGACCUGCUCUUGAGAGUUCUUCUACUCUUGCAAGCAGCCAAGCAAUGCAGGUGACACCACAGCUAUCUUCUGGGGCUCCAGCAGCUCAAACUCCAAGCAGCUCUCAACAAGAAUUACAGGCGAAAAUUCUCAGUCUGUUCAAUAGUGGAUCUUCUACUUCUGCUGUCAAUGCCAACCCGACCAGUUCAGGAGCAACAACUGCCCAAGGCCAGAGCUAUGGAAAUGUGGCCUCUGUACAACGGGCAGCAGUCCAAAUGGAUGUCUCAUCUAUUGGUCAAUCUGUACAGAGGUCUCAGCCCAUAGUGAACCAGCAUCCUGGGUCUCUGACACAAGGUGAAGCUGUAAGAAGUGCAGCAUCCAGACCUGGUCCACAGUCUCAAAUGCAGAAUAUGUAUGGACAGCUUCGUCCUCAGGCUCCCAAUAAUGUAGCCAUCCAGCGACCAGGAGCACCUGUAGGCAUAAACUUUGCCAACCCUAGUGUUCAGAAGGCUCUAGACACAUUGAUUCAGAGUGGCCCUGCGCUCUCGCACCUGGUGAACCAGACGGCAGAUGUAGAUGAGAAUUCUCUUCUGAUUUUCUGCCAGUACAACCCAUGUCUUCUCCAACGCCACGCUGAUGAAGCUAUGAGGAACAGUUGCACUUGUGCUGGAAUGGAAGAUCUGGUGCUGCAGUUCACAUGUAAGGGCAUUAAAGGGAGAAUGGUGGAAGCAAGUGAAGUUUCUGAGCACUGA